CGGGACUUCCGGCGGCCCAGUAUUUUCUUUCCGGUUGUUGGCUCCUGCCGGCCCCUCCCUUACUGGCCCCUGCGCCCCCCUCCCCCCGCGGCCCCCCGCCGCCGGGCCCGCCGCCACCAUGAAGAAAUUCUUCCAAGAGAUCAAGGCCGACGUCAAGUUCAAGAGUGCGGGGCCCGGUCAGAAGCUCACGGAGUCGGUGGGGGAGAAGGCCCCCAAAGACAAGCCCAGCAAGCCGGCGCUCCGGCAGCCCCGCCAGGGACCCACCGAUGAGGCACAGAUGGCGGCCGCGGCGGCCCUGGCCCGGCUCGAGCAGAAGCAGCCCCGGGCGCGGGGCCCCACAUCACAGGAGUCCAUCCGGAACCAGGUGAGAAAGGAACUUCAAGCUGAAGCGACUGUCAGCAGGAGCCCGGAGGCCCCAGGGACCAAUCCGGUGCCCAAGCCCAAAGAGGAGGGCUCAACCCACCUGGCAGUGCCCGGAGUGUACUUCACCUGCCCGCUCACAGGGGCCAUCCUGAGGAAGGAGCAGCGGGACGCCUGCAUCAGAGAGGCCAUUCUCUCGCACUUUUCCACCGACCCAGUGGCCGCCUCCAUCAUGAAGAUCCACACGUUCAACAAGGACCGGGACCGGGUGAAGCUGGGAGUGGACACCAUCGCCAGGUACCUGGACAACAUCCACCUGCAUCCCGAGGAGGAGAAGUACCGGAAGAUCAAGCUUCAGAACAAGGUGUUCCAGGAGCGCAUUAACUGCCUGGAAGGGACCCACGAAUUUUUUGAGGCCAUCGGCUUCCAGAAGGUGCUGCUUCCGAUCCCCGACCAGGAGGGCCCUGAGGAGUUCUACGUGCUGAGCGAGGCCGCCCUGGCACAGCCCCAGAGCCUGGAGCAGCACAAGGAGCAGCUGCUGCGCGCCGAGCCCGUGCGGGCCACACUGGCCCGCCAGCGCCAGGUCUUCCGGCCCUCGCCCCUGGCCUCCCAGUUCGACCUGCCUGCGGACUUCUUCAGCCUCACGGCGGAGGAGCUCAAGCGAGAGCAGCGGCUGCGGUCAGAGGCCGUGGAGCGGAUGAGCGUGCUGAGGACCAAGGCCAUGCGCGAGCGGGAGGAGCAGCGGGAGAUGCGCAAGUACACGUACACGCUGCUGCGCGUGCGCUUUCCCGACGGCUGCCUCCUCCAGGGGACCUUCUAUGCCCGGGAGCGGGUGGCAGCACUGUACGCGUUUGUCCGGGAGGCCUUGCAGAUGGACUGGCUGCCUUUUGAGCUGCUGGCCUUGGGAGGGCAGAAGUUGUCAGAGGACGAGAACCUGGCCUUCAAUGAGUGCGGGCUGGUGCCCUCGGCCCUCCUGACCUUCUCGUGGGAUGCAGCCGUGCUAGCGGACAUCAGGGCUGCGGGGGCCCAGCCAGACUCAUCUGUCCUGAAACCCGAGCUCCUGUCGGCCAUCAAGCAGCUCUAAUGAAAUAAAAGCAGGGUUGGCUUCAGCCCCUGUG